AUGGCGCUGCUGCUGCUGGUGCUGCUGGGGGCUGCGGCCAUCCAGGGGGGCUACGCCGGUCCGCACGCGCUGCGCUAUUUCUUCACGGCGGUGUCGGAGCCCGGCUCCGGGGUGUCCCCGUUCAGCAUCGUGGGCUACGUGGACGAUCAGCUGUUCAUGGACUACAACAGCGAGCGGCGGAGCGCGGAGCCCCGCGCGGAGUGGAUGGCGCGGCGCGAGGGGCCGCAGUACUGGCAGCGGGAGACCCAGAUCGCACAGGGCGAGCAGGCCACGUUCCGGGUGGACCUGAACACGCUGCGCGGGCGCUACAACCAGAGCGGGGGUGUACGCACCCUCCAGUUAAUGUAUGGCUGUGAUGUCCAGGCUGAUGGCAGCAAACGGGGAUUUUACCAGUAUGGCUAUGAUGGGGGAGACUACAUCAGCUUUGAUAAGAACACAAAGACCUGGACGGCAGUAGCCAAAGGGGCUCAGAUCUCCAAAGAGAAGUUAGAUGCAAACAGAGCUGGCAAUGAGCAAGCCAAGGACUACCUGGAGCGAGAGUGCAUCGAGUGGCUGGAGAAGUACCUGGAGUAUGGGAAGGAGACUCUGCAAAGGAGAGAGCGCCCCACUGCACUGGUGAGUGACAAGCCGUCAGCCAGUGGCCUCACCACCCUCUCCUGCCACGUCCACGGCUUCUACCCCCGGGACGUGGCUGUCGUGUGGCUGAAGAACGGGGAGCCGAGGCAGCAGGAGACGAUCCAAGGGGGGGUUGUUCCCAGCGGGGACGGGACCUACCAGAUUCGGGCGACCAUCGAGAUCGACCCUAACAGCAAAGAUGAAUAUACCUGCUGUGUGGAGCACACGAGCCUGACGGAGGAUCUGAGAGUGCCCUGGGCGCCCAAGUCCAAUGUGAUGCUGAUCGUGGGUGUCGUUAUCGGGGUUCUCGUGCUGGUCACUGCCAUCGCUGGAGCCAUUUUCUUCCUCAGGAAGAAGAAAGACGGUUACAAAGCGGCUGCAGCUCACGAAGGCUCUGCCAGCUCCGGAAGCAACAAUGGAUCAGACACCUGUGUCAAGGCGUAACGGAGCCCGUCAGCCCUGGCUGGGGGAUCCCAGACACGAGAGACCGGAUCAGAUCAGGCUCCUGGGAUUUCCACAGCUCAGCAGCACCUUCCACAGCCUGCUUAAAGCCCUUUGCCUUGAUUGUACUCGAGCUAAACGCCCGCCUGUGAGAGAACUGAGCUCUCCGUGGCUGCAGACAGCCAGGGGUGGUCGGGGUCGCUUAGUGUUUGAUUGCUACAGAACUGUCUUUUUUUUGAAAAAAUGAAAACUUGUAUCACUGAAGGUCUUGUUUGUAUAGAAAAAUAACCAGGGGUGGCUGGAGUGAGUUGUUAGCGAUGGGCUGUACCCAGCACACACUGUUCUGUUUGCUUUGAUUGUAACUUAGCCCCAGUUUUCUGUUUCCGCGGUGAUUACGGUGUUAAGAUGUUAUUCUUUUUGCUGCUGCAGCUUCCUGUGUAAUGGGCUAAAUCCUGCUGUCAGGGCACUGGUCACCCCAGUGUCAGGCCUUGUCUGCAUUGCGAUUUGCACCAGUGUAACUACAGAGGUGUGAGUUUGAAGUGCGCUAGUUAAAUCCCUGUGCGGACACUGAGUCUGGUGUAAGACAGGGCUUGUUUUGAUUCCCAAGUGACUCAAGCGACACCAGAAAAAGCCUCCUCUUCUCCCAGGAUCAGUGUCCCCUAACUGAUCUGGUGCACGUUUGCGUGUAGACAAAGCCUACGCUGGCGCUGAUUCUGCUCCCAAAUGGGUUGAUUUUGUGUGUGACGGAUGAGAUGUAAUUUUUUUUUUGCUUAAGAUUUUAAAACCAGUUUUAAAUAGUAACGUUCUGUCUCUUGGCAAUUUUCAGUUGAACACAAUAAAUGUAGGU